GACAGCAGAAGUUCGGGUCUGGGUAAGAGGAGCAGAAGGUUGCCCAGCUGAAGUUGCUCUGAAUCAGAGCUCUACAUCCACCAUGUUGUCCUGUGGACCAGCUUCGUCCUUUGUUCGGUGUCUGGUGCGGAAGAAGAACGUCAGUAGUGAAAGUCCUGAGGACCCCAAGUUGUGCCGAUGCUUAUCGACAGUGGACCUUAUAGCCCUGGGAGUAGGAAGUACCCUUGGUGCUGGUGUUUAUGUCCUUCCUGGAGAAGUAGCCAAAUAUGAUUCUGGACCUAGCAUCAUUGUUUCUUUCCUCAUUGCUGCGCUGGCGUCUGUGAUGGCAGGUCUCUGCUACGCUGAGUUUGGUGCUCGCAUUCCCAAGACUGGUUCUGCGUAUUUGUAUACUUACGUAACUGUUGGUGAACUGGGGGCUUUUAUCACUGGUUGGAAUCUAAUUUUAUCCUAUGUUAUAGGUACAGCAAGUGUAGCAAGAGCCUGGAGUGGCACCUUUGAUGAAAUUAUUGGAAAACGAAUUAGUGAUUUCUUCAGAGCCCACUUGAAAAUGAAUUACUCUUGGCUAGCAGAGUAUCCUGACAUCUUUGCUGUAAUCCUUAUAUCACUUUUAUCAGGUCUUUUAUCUUUUGGAGUAAAAGAAUCCGCAUGGGUGAAUAAAAUGUUCACUGCUAUUAACAUCUUGGUCCUACUCUUCGUUAUGAUUUCUGGUUUUGUGAAUGGAGAUACUGACAACUGGAAAAUAAACCCUUCUGCAAUAACAGAGGAUCACUCAUUCAAUGAGAGUGUGACUCUGACAAGUAUAUAUGGGAGCGGUGGCUUUAUGCCAUAUGGUUUCACAGGAACAUUGGCUGGUGCUGCAACCUGUUUUUAUGGUUUUGUUGGAUUUGACUGCAUUGCAACAACUGGAGAAGAGGUCAAGAAUCCUCAGAAAGCCAUACCCAUAGGAAUUGUGGUGUCCCUGCUUGUCUGCUUCAUGGCCUAUUUUUUGGUUUCAGCUGCAGUGACACUUAUGAUGCCAUACUAUCUACUAGAUGAGAAAAGUCCUCUACCAGUAGCAUUUGAAUAUGUUGGAUGGGGUCCUGCAAAGUAUGUUGUAGCAGUGGGAUCCCUCUGUGCUUUGUCCACAAGUCUUCUCGGCUCUAUGUUCCCUUUGCCCAGAAUUGUGUUUGCCAUGGCACGCGAUGGUUUACUCUUUAGUUUUCUUGCCAAAGUGAGUAAGAGGCAGGCACCAGUUUCUGCCACCUUGACAGCAGGGGCCAUCUCUGCUGUAAUGGCAUUUCUGUUGGACCUAAAGGCUUUAGUAGGCAUGAUGUCUAUUGGUACACUUUUUGCUUAUUCACUUGUGGCAACCUGUGUCCUCAUUCUUAG